AUGUCAAAAUCUCAAUCCUUCAUUACGUCUCUCCUGUGUGGCAAAAAGAAGAAAUCAAAGUCUAAGAAGCAAGACGAAAUAAAACCCCCAAAUUCUAUGUGCACAUUUCAAGAAUUCAUUACCUCAAAUUUAAAUGCUGAGACACAAACACCGGCUAACUUCGAAAACUCGAUAAAAUCGAGCUUAUCCUUACCACACCUGAGCAACGCUCCAAGUUCUCCAAUUAAUAGAAAAUCAUCAAUUGUCGUUAAAAAAGUUUCAGGGAAUUUCUUCCCUCAGCUUAGUAAGCCUAAAAUUGAAACUUCAAGGUCAGACUGGUCUACAGCUUCAAGUCACAAUUGGCUGAAUUCUCUUGAAUUCGCUGGAGAGCCGCUGAUGUCAAAUAAUACUUUUUCAGAGCUAUUUAACAGCAAUAAGGAGACCAUAACUUGGAGUAAAAAAUACAGCCAAGAAACUCCUAGCCUGAAAUUCAAUGACCCAUUUGUCGCAAAUAGCGUCACUAAAAUGCCAAGAGUUAUCCCUAUAACCCCCAGACAAGUUUUUAGAGGAAGAGCUUUUGCUAGAAAUAUUUUAGCGAAGCCUGAUAUGUCUAAAUGUAGCUCAGCACCAGUGAUGCUUGUAGAGAAAAGCAGAUUGCAGUUGAAUUUAAACGUUGACGUUUAUGAAGGUGAGAGCUCAAAUAGCUUGGUUAAUCUAUAA